AUGGAAAAACAUAGAGGCAAUUUGUCUAGAAACCCUCAUGAAUUAUACUAUCAAAGAAUGCAAAAAAACAGAGAAAAGAUGGAGAAAGGAUUAUUUGAAGCUCAGCACCUGUCUCACAAACGGCUAAGAGUGUGCGUGGCAACCUGCAAUCGAGCGGACUACUCCAAACUGGCCCCCAUCAUGUUUGGGAUUAAAACUCACCCAGAGGACUUUGAUCUGGAAGUGGUGGUGCUGGGAUCGCAUCUCAUCGAUGACUAUGGGAACACAUUUCGUAUGAUUGAACAAGAUGACUUUGACAUCGGCUCUAAGCUUCACACAAUAGUGAGAGGGGAGGAUGAGGCAGCCAUGGUAGAAAGUGUGGGUCUAGCCUUAGUGAAGCUUCCAGAUGUUCUGCAGCGACUAAAGCCGGACAUUUUGAUUGUUCAUGGUGAUCGUUUUGAUGCACUGGCCCUAGCAACUGCUGCGGCUCUAAUGAACAUUCGAAUACUUCACUUAGAAGGAGGAGAGGUGAGCGGUACGAUUGAUGACUCGAUCCGUCAUGCCAUCACUAAACUGGCUCAUUAUCACGCCUGUUGCACACGCCGAGCUGAGCAGCAUCUUAUAGCCAUGUGUGAAGACCAUUCUCGCAUAUUAUUGGCUGGAUGCCCUUCUUAUGAUAAACUGCUGGCAAAACAUCACAGAGAAGAUCAUAUAGAUGUCAUUAAGAGUUGGCUUGGGGAAAAUGUCAAAGAGAAUGAUUAUAUUGUGGCUUUACAACAUCCAGUCACCACAGAUAUUCAACACUCUAUCAAAAUAUAUGGUUUAAUGCUAGAUGCCCUUCUGACUUUUAACAAGAAGACACUCGUUCUGUUCCCAAAUAUUGAUGCAGGGAGCAAAGAGAUGGUGCGUGUGAUGAGAAAAAAGGGCAUAGAACAGCACCCCAAUUUCCGAGCCGUGAAGCAUGUGCCUUUUGAGCAGUUCAUUCAGCUGGUGAGCCACGCGGGCUGCAUGAUCGGAAACAGCAGCUGUGGAGUCAGAGAAGCUGGGGCCUUUGGGACUCCUGUUGUAAACCUGGGCACAAGACAAACAGGCAGAGAAACUGGUGAAAAUGUACUCCAUGUGAGAGAUGCUGAUACUCAUAGUAAGAUCUACCAUGCGUUAGAGUUGCAGUUUGGGAAACGGUACCCCUGCUCCAAGAUUUACGGGGAUGGAAAUGCAGUGCCACGUAUUCUGAAAUUUUUAAACUCUAUUAACAUUAAUGAGCCGCUGCAGAAGUCUUUCUGUUUUCCGACUUUGAAGGACAGCAACUCUCAGGACAUUGAUCAUAUUCUAGAGACACAAUGUGCUCUGGCGGUUGAUCUUGGAGGAACUAAUCUUCGCGUGGCCAUUGUCUGCAUGAGGGGAAGCAUAGUCAAGAAAUAUAUUCAGGCAAAUCCAAAAACCUUUGAGUCCAGAAUAAAACUAAUAUUAAAGAUGUGCACUGAAGCCAUGCAAGACGCUGUACGGCUCAACUGUAGGAUACUUGGUGUUGGAAUAUCAUCAGGAGGCCGAGUAAAUCCACAGGAAGGCGUGAUUCUGCAUUCCACAAAACUCAUCCGCGAGUGGUCAGCAGUGGAUCUGAGGACACCCAUCUCUGACGCCUUGCAUCUCCCAGUUUGGGUAGACAAUGACGGAAACUGUGCUGCACUUGCUGAGAAAAAGUUUGGUCAUGGCAAAGGGGUGGAGAGCUUUGCCACUGUAAUCACUGGAACCGGUAUUGGUGGAGGCAUCAUACACAAUAAUGAAUUGAUUCAUGGGAACACCUUUUGCGCUGCUGAACUUGGACACAUCAUGGUUUCACUGGAAGGACCAGAGUGUUCUUGUGGCAGCCAGGGAUGCAUUGAGGCGUAUGCAUCUGGCAUGGCAUUGCAGAGAGAGGCCAAAAAACUUAAUGAUGAAGAAAUGCUGAAGAUUGAGGGAAUGAAAGUUGUGGAGCCGAUUACUGCAGUUCACCUCAUAUCUGCUGCAAAAAUGGGCAAUUUAAAAGCUCAAGCUGUUCUCAAUAAAGCUUCCACAGCCUUAGGUGUAGGUAUCAUUAACAUCCUCCACACUAUGAACCCAUCACUGAUCAUUCUGUCGGGUGUGCUGGCUUCGUACUACCAAGCACCAGUGCAGCGCAUCAUCUUAGAGAGAGCACUGUCCUCCGCACAGAACAUCCAAGUUCUCAAGUCAGAUCUUGAGGAACCCGCUCUAAUGGGAGCUGCGAGCAUGGUGUUAGAUUACACAACUAGAAGAAUUUACUGA